GAGUCGUUGUCGGUCGUGCUGACCCGCGUGGUUCUACGCGUUACGGCGAGGGACUGACUUCCUUCCUUUCCUCGUUGCCCGGCCAUCUUGGAGGCGCUCCUCUGGCAACGGCAGGGCCGACGUGAGCCGGCAAGAUGGUGGCCGCCAAGAAGACGAAAAAGUCUUUAGAGUCCAUAAACUCUAGACUUCAGCUGGUUAUGAAAAGUGGUAAAUAUGUACUUGGAUAUAAACAAACUCUGAAAAUGAUUCGGCAGGGCAAAGCCAAGUUGGUUAUUCUAGCGAAUAACUGUCCUGCUUUGAGAAAAUCAGAAAUUGAGUACUAUGCUAUGUUGGCCAAAACUGGUGUGCAUCACUACAGUGGCAACAAUAUUGAACUGGGAACAGCUUGUGGGAAGUACUACAGAGUAUGUACACUUGCUAUAAUUGACCCAGGUGACUCUGACAUCAUUAGAAGCAUGCCAGAACAAACCAGUGAGAAGUAAAAUUAAUAAAUUUUAAAUUUUGUGUAAUAAAACUGGCUAUAAAUCUA